UUCGGGGUUGUAGGCGAGGCGUGCUGAAGGCAGGGCCAGCUCGGACGGAGCGUCGCCUGCGCUUUCCCCCCCGCACUUGCUCGCCUGCUCAUGGAGUUGAUUGCCCGCCAGGGCUCUUCUCCGCCGCCGUCCCCUUCUCCUCUUCGCCUUUAGCCGGGACUGGUUUCGUCCCCGGCCACCGGAUCGUUGGCCACCUCCUCCUCUUCUCGUGCGUCCCGACCGCUCCUUCGCCGCCAUGGGCGACGUGAUCUCGGCACACCUGGACGAGAGCCGGCGGCAGUUUAUCACAGAGAAGACUGGCAAGGUCCUGGCAGAGUUUUGCCAGUUCUAUAAGGAACAGUAUGGUGUUGCUCUCUUCAACAGCGUCCGGUAUGAGAUUGAAGGCAGUGGUGGACCCCAGGCUCAGCUAUUGCACCGUAAGGUUCCGCUGGAGGAUCGCACCAUCUUCUCAGGGAACCUCUUCCAGUACAUGGAAGAAAACAAGAAGUGGAGGAACCGUUACAGCAUCGUGCCCCAUAACUAUGGGCUGGUGCUCUACGAGAACAAAUUGGCCUACGAGAGGGGUCUGCAGCCCCGAAUUCUCGUCAACAGCGCUGGCUACAAGAUUCUCACCUCCUUGGAGCAGUAUGUGGAACUGGUCAAUAACAACUUGCCGGGAUCCGCACCCAAAUCGGGCAACACCCCCGUCUUGAAAUGCCCCACGCAGUUCCCUCUCAUCCUCUGGCACCCUUCCGCCCGGCACUACUACUUCUGCGUCAUGACCGGGAAGGAGCAUGAGAAGUGGCAAGCGGUCUUCCAGGACUGUGUGCGCCACUGCAACAAUGGGAUUCCUGAGGACUCCAAGGUGGAGGCCCCGGCAUUCACUGACGCCGUCCGCAUGUACCGCCAGUCCAAGGACCAGUAUGGCACCUGGGACAUGCUUUGUGGCAAUGAAGCCCAGGUCUUGAGCAACUUGGUGAUGGAGGAGCUCCUCCCCGAGCUGAAGAACAUGAUUGGGCCCCGUCUGAAGGGCAAAGCCCAGGAGAGGCACAGAGUGUGGAUCCAGGUCUCCGACGCUGUGUACAGGAUGGUCUGUGACCAGACAAAAGACCAUUACGACAAAGCAGUGGCAAAGUGCGAGUCUGAGAGUCCUGGAAUGCGGAGCGCCAUCCGCACAGAUAUGGAUCAAAUAAUCCAGUCCAAGGAGCAUUUGGCCAGCAAAAUCCGAGCCUCUGUCUUCUCCAAAGCUGAGAUCUGCGUCCGGAACCAUGUCCAACCUUACAUCUCUUCCAUCCUGGAGGCCCUGAUGAUUCCCACCAGCCAGGGCUUUGCCGAGGUGCGGGAAGUCUUUUUCAAGGAGGUCACCGACAUGAACAUGAACAUCCUCAACGAAGGGGGAAUGGAGAAAGUGGGAGAGUACAUGGAGAGCCUUUCCCAGCUGGCUUUCCACCCGGUCAAGAUGCAGUCCUGCUACGAGAAGAUGGACCAGUUGAAGCUGGAAGGGCUGCAGCAGAGGUUUGAUGUCUCCAGCGCAUCGGUGUUUAAGCAGCGGGCCCAGAUCCUGAUGAGGCAGCAAAUGGACGAUACAGUCUUCACCUUUGAGACGCUCCUCCACCAGGAAAUGGGGAAAUCCGUGAGCAAAGACGAGCUCUGCAAGACGAUUCAACGCAUCUUGGAGCGGGUGCUCAAGAAAUAUGACUAUGACAGCAGCACGGUGAGGAAGAAGUUUUUCCGGGAGGCCCUGCUGCAGAUCACCAUCCCCUUUCUGCUGAAAAAGCUGGCGCCCACCUGCACAGGGGACCUCUCGAGAUUCCAGGAGCUGAUUUUUGAGGAUUUUGCCCGUUUCAUCCUGGUGGAGAACACCUAUGAAGAAGUGGUGCUGCAUUCCGUCAUGAAAGAUAUCAUGAUGGCCGUGAAGGAGGCAGCGGUGCAACGGAAACACAACCUCUACCGUGACAGCAUCGUGAUGCACAACAGCGAUCCCAACCUGCACUUGCUCGGCGAGGAGACGCCCAUCGACUGGGAGGAGGAGUUUGGCGGCCAGCCAGACUCGGACCCAUCAGAUGAGAAACGGCGCCGGGCCAAGCAAGUGGUCUCAGUCAUCCACACUGACGAAGGGGUCCCGCCUUACGAUGAGGUCACUUCCCUGGAGGGGUCCCCGGAUGCCUCGGAGCCCAAGGAGCUGGACCACGCUCCGAGCCCUCCCACGCAGGGUUCCCCCGACAACGUGAAGGAGCUCCGAUCGAUGUUGGUAAAGGAGUUUCAUGCUGAGACGCCGCUUCCUGUCGGCGGGAAGGUGGAGGAACAGCUAGGCAAUGGCACCAUUGCCCAGCACAGUGAAGGAGCAGCUGAACACAUGGAGGAGAAAGAGGAGGAAGCCGCCAUGGAGGCGGAUGACCGCCCCCCGGCACACUCUACCGAGCACCAAAGAGGAGAGCAGGAAGCGACGGACGCCACGCCCGCUUCUCCUGCCAAACUGCCUUCCCCGGUUGGUGAUGGGGGAUCCCAAGCGAACCACCUUGAGCCCAGCGAUAAGGAGACGGGGGAAGAGGAUGCAGCAGUUACCCCGGUUUGCAAGACACAAGUGGAGCCCCUCGUGGAGAACAGCCACAGGGCCGCAGAAGACAGCGAAGGGGUACAGACUCAGUUCUAGGCUAGCCCCCCUCCACUACGCUUUGCAAGAGGAUUUAUCUCUCGGAUGCACCAAUGCCAAAGGCAGACUGGAGUUGGGGGACCCUGUGGGGCACUUGGGGGGAGAGGCAGGGAGAGGCGAUAGAAAAGCACCUAAGGUUGGUCCAGCAGCAUCCUUAGUUUGUAUGUGCUUGAUUUUUCCAGAGGAGGGUUGCCUCUUUUUUGGAGGGGAGGAUGGAAGGGAGAAGCUCCAGAAAUGAUAUUGGUUGCUUUAGCUGUCACUCUCGGGGCUCAGCUGACCCUUCCAGGCCUCCAUAGGCCCUGAAUUAGGUUGCGUUCUCACACCUUUCCUUUGCACCUGUCAUUCUCAGUAGGAUCAUUUUGGGUCUCCUUUUCCUGCCACAACUCUACUGAAAAGACACUUUAUCUUGUAUGCCGAGGAAUGUAUGGAACAGAGUGGCAGCCGGCUUUCCCCCUCUAGGGAAUGCUUUCCUAUGUUUGGACCAAGCCGCCUUUAUUUUCUUGGAAACCUGGUUGUGUGUUAAUCCAGUCUUGUGGCUGUCUUUGCCCCACUCAAUGAUGAUGAUUUUUAAUGUUCUGAUCCCAGUUUUGGCUGUUACAGGUAGGGAAAUCAAGGCUGCAUUCAGACGGCAGUUUAUUCCGUUUUCCUGAUGUUUCCUUACCUGACAAUUUCCACAUUUUAUUUGAUCUUCCACACGACGUAAAAGUCACUUCUGGAAAUCAAGCAGAAUCCGGUGGACGUUGAGCACUCGUUUUCGUGUUAAUUGCUUCCAGGAAAACCAAAAAUCUGCCUGCAACCCCAUUAGCCGAGAAAAUUGCGAGGGUAAAGUGAUGAAAUUUGGUGGCAGUAUAAUGGCAUGCACUUCUUGCCAGCGGUUUUCAUGGGGGAACAGAAGUGCACAUGUGUGGAAAGGGCAGGGAAUUGGUGACAUGCCCAGUGACGUUCAUUGUUGUGCCGCCCCACGCCCGCUGAUGUGAAUGAAAUUUAGAGCAACACAACGGUACAUUGGUCAAAAAGCCACCGUUCCAAAAUGCAACAGGUGCUGCAGUGUGAAAGGAAUGUUCGAAAUCGGGACACAAGCGCCACCAUUAUCAUCAGGAAAACUCAUGCAAUAAACCCCAUAUCUGAAUGCAGGCCAACUUUUGCCUCUGUCUCCUUUCUCCAGCUCAGCACAGAGGUUUCCGCAUCUCGAAUCCUAGCUGUCUCUAAUCAUAGUUUCCCCCACCUCCCAUUCACUUUGGGAGAUUUGAAGUGGCAAGAAUCAUGACCAUCCCUUUCUGCACCCCUCCCCGAAAAACCCAAAAUUCUGAAGGGAGAGAGAGCAUUAGCAGCAGGGCCUAGUAGGUAGACCUAGCGAGUGGGGUUCCCCCCACACACACACUUGAAAAGGAAGAUGCAAAUGAAGGUCAGAGAAACAGGAUGUGGUGAUUGUGAAGGCCCAGUGAGGUGGAUUUGGAGCAGAGAGCGGUGAAAGGAAGUGGGCAUGGGCAAGGCUGCGGAACUGGUUUUCUUCUGGAGAUGGUCAUUUAAAGGUACAACUGUAGGCCUGAUGGGACAGAGUUCCUUUGGUUGCAUCUCCCCCCCCCCUUGCACUUGGCGUGGUGGCGAUUUAUUGGGUCUUGCAGAAGGGGACGUCUCCCACUGCUUUGGAAGUGUUCUGGGAGGUUACCUCUUAAAACUUGAGUAGUAUUUUCUCGAGGGAGAAUCUCCAUUCCCAAAUCUUUAUGUGGCCUCUUUCACUUUUCCUUUCAUGUGCGCUUAUAGACCUUUGGCCCUCUAGAUGUUGCUGGACUACAACUCCCAUCAUCCCUGACCAUUGGCUGUGCUGGCUGGGGCUGAUGGGAGCUGGAUUCCAACAACGUAUAUAAAAAGUGUACUUAGGAAAUGUUAGUUAAGGACAAAAUAGCGGGUUGAUCUUUCAGUGUUCAUCCCUGUGCAAUUUAUGGGGAAAUUGUAUUCAACUAAACUCUACUUGGAGUAGACCCAUUGAAAUGAAUGGAUAUAACUUGGACUUUGGAUGGACUAUGUCCAUUAUCUUUAAUGGCUCUGCUCUGAGUAAGACUAGCACUGGAUGCAACCCAAGUAAAUUAUUAGAGAACAUAACCCCUUUGGGUUAUAUUCAGCUAAGUUCUGCAUUGCGCAGGGGGUUGGACUCGAUGGCCUUACAGGCCCCUUCCAACUCUACUAUUCUAAGAUUCUGUAACUCCUACUCAACAGCAGACCCAUUAAAAUGAAUGGAUCUAAGUCAUGUCUACUAGGGCUAAAAUGCUCAAAGAGCAACCAUGGAAUGAUUGGUUUUGUAAUGCUUGCUUGACAAUCUGUAAUGGUCAAUGGAUCCAUAAACAUUUUAUAGUAUAAGAAUAGUCUAUUAACUUAAGUGAGUCUAUACUCCGAGUAGGUCUACCGCUGAAUACCACCCUUCAUUUUUAAACUACUAAUAAACGUAUUUCCUUUGUUGGUAAAUGCUGGGUGGGGUGGGAGAUGCAGGCUUUAUCCCAUAUCUAUGGGUCACCAAUUGGAAUGAAAAUUUAUAUAUGUGUAUAGUAGAAAUGGAUUUAGAAAUAUCAACGUAAUCCACUUUUUUUACCCCUCGAGGGUAAAGGGCAUAUAUUGUCUCCUUGAACUUUUUAAGGGUGGUGUGGGGAACCUUUGGCCCUCCAAAUGUCACUGAACUACAACUCCCAUCUGCCUCAACAAGCAUGGCCAAUGGCCAGGAACCAUGGGAGCUGUAGAUCCGCUGCAUCUGGGGUGUGUGUGUCAAAGGUUCCCCACAUCUGUUCAAAUGGUUGUAUCCAGAGUUAGUCACUCUCAGAGCAGAGCUGCUGAAAUUAAGAUAUGGAUAACUUAGGCACAUUUCAAUGGGUCUACCCUGAGCAGGACUAACUUUGGAAAGAAUCCUGAGUCAUCUUUUCCUGUUAGGUGAGGGUCCAACUCCUUUGUUUCUCAGUAUCUGUCUCUUGGGUUUUUGACACAACUCCAACUUGAGGAACUUCAGCCAUGAAAAAAAGGCAUAGGGAGGUUCAGAUUUGUCAGCCGCAGAACAGCACCACCUCGAGAGGACUGCUCCAGGCACCACUGUCCACUACUCUGGAUGUUGGACAGUUCCGAGUGGAUCAUUCCAAGUUGUGUUUCCCCCAGUCCCUGCUGGUUUCCCUCUUGUUCUGUGCCACACUGAUUUCUUUUUUUAAGGCUAGUUUUUACCUUUCUGGCACCACAGAUUGGAAAAUUGGUGCCUGUGGAGUUAUCGCCAUGGGAGGAAAGUGAUCUUUUGAAGCCUAAACAGACACAGAUGUUGGCUAGAUACAGUGUCCUUCUAAGGUGGGUCCCCCAGAUGAUGUUGGACUACAGCUUCCAUCAUCCGUAACCAUUGCCCUAAGCUGGCUGAGGAUGAUGGGAGUUGCAGUCCAACAACAUCUGGGUGUCCAAGAUUGAAGAACCUUGAAUUCUCCGGUGGGAUGCUCUUCUUGUACAGGAGAAAACCUGUGUCUUGCUAGAUGUUCUUGGAUGGCAACUACCAUCAUCCUUGAACAUUCAGGCUAAUAGAAGCUGGAGGCCUACCAGUUCCCUAUCUCUGCCCCAGAAAAAAUGUCCCUAGUGACUAAAUUGUUGCUUUGUCCUAUGAAGCAUCUGUUUUUACACACGGGGAGAAAGCAAACAGUUACCGUUUGGUGGAAAGAGCAGGAGGGGAGAGCGCUCCUGCGCGGGGGCUUCUCAUUGGGGCAUCUGGUUGGCCACUGUGAGAACAGGAUGCUGGACUAGAUGGGCCACUGGCCUGACCCAGUAGGCUCUUCUUCUGCAUGCGUGUUUGUUUUUCUUGAGGUCAGGGUGGCAACAGAAUGACCAUUUAAAACAAGGGCGGAGAACCUUUGGCCCUCCCAACGUUGCUGAACUCCAACUCCCAUCAGCCCCAGCAAUGGCAAGGGGUGAUGGGAGUUGUAGUCCCACAAUAUUGGGAGGGCCAAAGGUUCCCCACACUUGUUUUAAAAUGAACACUACAGGGUCUGAUGGGGCAUCUGGUUUCCAUUCAGGAGUGGAAGACACCCCCCCAAAAAAGUUAUAGCAAGUUAGAAAUCCAAGUGUCUUUAGCUUGUAUCCAAUUAAAUCUCACUCUUAGUAGACCCACUGAAAUUAAUGAACCUAAGUUAGUCGUGUCUGUUAAUUUCAAUGGGUGUACUCUGAGUAGGACUAGCAUUGAAUACCACGAUUAAUGUUUAUGCACAAGUACUGUGCCUUCUUCCAAAUGGGCAUAGGAAGACCUUAAUAUGGAGACGGGGGGGGGGAUGAAUGGCUCGUGAUUCAAGCUAGAUGCGCACCCACAGGCCUUCUUGCUAUUGUGCUAACAGUCUCCAUUUCCAUGAACCUCUUCAAUAUUUUCUCUAAUUUUGCUUUUAAAUAAUUGGGGGAGGGUAGAGAACUUCCCGGAUAUUCUCUUUUUUGCAUGCUCUUCUCUUUUUUAAAAAAGUGCCUUAAUCUUGGGAACCAAAGCUUACCUGUUUUUUCCUUUUCUUCCAUGAUAGUUUAUUGCAAAUCUUAUACCAAAUGUUUAAGGGGGAAAAAAUGUGCUUAUAUAUUAAUAAUAAAAUCCAGCUUUAUUUAAUGUCA